UACGAUGAUGCCAAUUCUGCUGCUCCUGCUGCUCAGUCCUGCUUUGGCCUGGAUUCCAGUGCAUGACUGGGAGUCUGGCAAUGUGACUGCAUCAGUGGGUGAGUCAGGUCAGUGUGUUUGUCAUGUGUACCUGCCGGAGACCACCUUCCCUGCGAACCGGGUUCAGCACAUGCAGCAAGUCAGCAAAGAUCUGAUCCUGGAGGUGGAAAUUCAAAUGAACAAGAUUGUGAACUAUGAGGGUCAUUUGGAUGUCUACUUGAAAGAACUUUUGGACCUGACUGUGAGAGUGGCCAUGAUGGAGAGCAGUCCUGACAACUACAUUAAACUGGACUUUGAGCUGCUGAGGGUUGAGCUCAGAGAGUUUGAGGUUCUGGUGUCUCAGCUCAAAGACUCCCUCAACUCAACCUCACCCAUGUUUGACAGCCUUUAUACUGAGAUCCGCAACAUGACCCUCAUCGUGAACCAACUGGAGACUUAUGACAAGAGCAAUCUGGAGGUGAUCCGCAUUGAGUUUGCUAAGUUGCAGAAGAAGCUGGAGGAGUGCCAGAAGGAGCAGGAGUUGAUCAAGCCAGAUAUUGGCAACUGCAAUCACACAGGAAUCAUGGAGAUCAGCAAGCCAAUGGUGGUCCAACUGAAUGCUCAUUUGAGUGCAAGUUACCAGUAUGGGGGCUGGGGAAAAGACUCCAAACCUGUUAGAGGCUAUGAAUCAAUGUAUCUCUAUAGUGCAUACAGCAGUUCUGUUGUGUAUGACUUUUAUUUGUACUCUGACUAUGAAAAGCUGAUUCUGAGGUCCGCAUUCAAACGGCAUCACAUACCAAAAGGGUGGGAAGGUCAUGGAAACAACUACAUUGUUCACGGUAACACCAUAUAUUACCAGCACAACACACCCAUGGGUAUGAUCAAAUUGAAUCUGACCAGCUCCAAAUACGACUACAGAGUGAUCCCAGCUGCCAGUCAAAGGUUCUCGUACAGUUAUUCAGAAAAUCAGAACUUGGACUUUGCAGCUGAUGAGAGUGGCUUGUGGGUAAUGUAUGCCUCAGAGGGAAGCAAGGGUAAAAUUGUUCUUGCUAAAAUAGAUGAAAAAUCAUUUGGCAUUGAGGAUGAGUGGAACACUGGUGUGUUCAAGCAGUUGGCCGGCAACGCUUUCAUGGCCUGUGGAGUCAUGUAUGCCACCAGAUCGGUGGAUAUGAACACAGAGGAGAUCUACUAUGCGUACGACACUAAGACCAAGCAGGAGAAACACCUCAACAUCCAAUUCCCCAAAUUCCAGGAGAAAUACACCAACCUGGACUACAAUCCGUCUGAUCAGAAGCUCUACAUGUACAACAACGGCUACUAUGUGUCCUACAAUGUGAGGUUUAACAAAAAAUGA